UCCAGGUCCGGCUGGGAGAUGACCGGCUCUGUCUUUCAGAUCAAGAAGCUCUGCUGCUCGAGGAAUAAGGCUGCGGUGUGUGUGGUGUACGAGGACAUGUCCUGCAGCUGCCACAACACGCUGUCCGCCCCUAACCACUACCAGUGAGCCCAGCGGGCACCACCACGGCCUGGCCUGCCCAGCUCACCCGGUGCUGACACACAGC